UGUCUUGAGGCUCCCUUCUGAAUGCUCACUGUGGUGGUUGGACUAGGCUCCAUAGAACCAGUCCAGCUUGGUAGAAGAUAGUUUGAAAUCCUGUCAUUCUAAAUGGAUAUGGAUCAGCUCAUAAACAACUUGGAGGUCCAACUUAAUUCAGAAGGUGGCUCAAUGCAGGCAUUCAAACAGGUCACUGAUCCUGUUCAAAUCAGAGAUCACCCUGUGACAGCUGAUAGAAGUAACAUGACAUCUCCACCACUCUUGGAUGCCAGCUCCAUGGAGAAUCCAGCCCUAUUUAAUGAUAUCAAGAUUGAGCCCCCAGAAGAACUUCUGGCUAAUGAUUUCAGCCUGCCACAGGUGGAACCAGUUGACCUUUCAUUUCAUAAACCCAAGGCUCCUCUCCAGCCAGCUAGCAUGUUGCAAGCUCCAGUACGCCCUCCCAAGCCACACUCUGCUCCCCAGACCCUUGUUGUGUCUACUUCAACAUCUGAUACAAGCACUUCAGCAAGCAUCCCUACUGUUCUGACUCCAGGCUCUAUACUGGCCUCCUCUCAGGGGACUGGUGGCCAGCCAAUCUUACAUGUGAUUCACACCAUCCCCUCAGUCAGUCUGCCAAAUAAAAUGGGUGGACUCAAGACGAUCCCAUUGGUGGUGCAGUCUCUGCCCAUGGUGUAUACCAGUUUGCCUGCAGAUGGGAGCCCUUCAGCCAUUACAGUCCCACUCAUUGGAGGAGAUGGCAAAAAUGCUGGAUCAGUGAAAAUUGACCCCACCUCCAUGUCUCCACUGGAGAUUCCAAGUGACAGUGAGGAGAGUGCAAUUGAGAGUGGAUCCUCAGCCUUACAGAGUCUGCAAGGAUUGCAACAAGAACCAGCAACAAUGGCCCAAAUACAGGGAGAAGAGUCACUUGACUUGAAGAGAAGACGGAUUCACCAAUGUGACUUUGCAGGAUGCAGCAAAGUGUACACCAAAAGCUCUCACCUGAAAGCUCACCGCAGAAUCCAUACAGUACUGGAGUUUGAACUCAAGGCCUCAAGCUUUCAGUUUUGUUGAAAUGUAAACCAGAUCAUAUAACUUCUUCUUCUUAAAAUACUUGAAUGACUUCCCAUCAUACUCUGGAUGAAAUCUGAAAGUCCUUACAAUAUCCUAAAAGGACCUGUGUGAUGUGGCCUCUAAUUACUUUCAUCUCAUGACACUUAUUAUCCUUCAGAUCUCAGUUUAAAUGUCUUC